GAAUUUUACUCUUAAAGUUGUGAAUUUUUGUGCUUGUGGAUGUGGAAGAUCAAGUAAAUUCUGUAUUUUGGAUAAAGUUAUUUACAAUUCAUUUGAAGAUAGUAUUUGUAGCCUCAAUUUGUUUAUUGUUACUUAUAACUAACUGUUUCUUUAAUUGAUGUAUUAUUGCCUUUCUAUGAAUACUUUGAACAAGGACAGUAGUUUAUUAUUCUUUAAAAUUUGGUUGUCCUUGUCAAAAAGCUCUGAACUUUUCUUUCUGGAAUUGGAAUUUGCUCUUUUCUUCAUUGAUUUAACAACUUUUUCUGGGUUCUAUGAGUCGUGUUUGUUGGGCGUUGAAGAUCAGAUAAAUCAUUUUGGGUAAAGCUUUUUUGUUGAGCCGAAGGUCUUUCGGAAACAGCCUCUUUAUCCCCAGGACAGGGAUAAGGACUGCGUAUACACUGCCCUCUCCAAACCCCACUUGUGGGAUUUUACUAGGUUUCUGGAUUUAGCUCAGGAGAAAUAGGAUUUGUACUUGCAAUGCAUUUCACAUUGUUUGGGGUUGCAAACUAGUCUAUAAAUGUUUCAUUCAACGCGUAACUAGGCCCUUCAAUUGAUCUAGGCCCUGCAAUUAUGACCAGGCCUUUCACCAAGAUGGCAUUGGAUAACAGAGCUCUUACCACUCUUGCUUCUAUUUUGAUCUACUUGGUCUUGAGUCUAGAUGUUUGCUGUGCUGUUCAAAGCGACAUUGACUGUCUGAAAUCUGUAAAAGAGUCAUUAGAAGAUCCAUUAAAUUACUUGGGGUCAACAUGGAACUUCGAUAAUCAGACCGAAGGUUUCAUCUGCAAAUUUACUGGGAUUCAGUGUUGGCAUCCGGAUGAAAGCAAGGUUCUGAGUAUCACUCUUCCUGACAUGGGUCUUAAGGGCAGGUUUCCACGUGGUAUUCAGAAUUGUACCUCUAUGACAUCAUUAGAUCUUUCGAGCAACGAGCUCAAUGGAAGUAUUCCACGUGAUAUCUCCAAAAUUAUAGGUUUUGUGGUAAUCCUGGAUCUCUCAUCCAACAACCUAUCAGGGGAAAUCCCAGUGGAUCUCGCAAACUGCUCUUUUUUGAAUGACAUUAAACUUGACAACAACCAGUUGACGGGUCAAAUUCCUCCACAAAUUGGCCUGCUUGGUCGGCUCAAGACUUUUAAUGUAGCAAACAAUCGAUUGACCGGACCAGUUCCAAAUUUCAUAAAUGCAACUAUUCCCGCUGAGAGCUAUGCCAAUAAUGCAGGACUCUGUGGAGAUCCGUUAACUCGUUGCGAGGGUUCUUCCAAGAAACCCCGUACAGGAAUCAUCGUCGGUGCAGCUGUUGGUGGGGUGACUUUAGGUGCUGUAUUUGUGAUCCUCGGUACAUCCUUCUACUUGAGAAAGAUAUCCAGGAAGAAGAAAAAGGAAGAAGAUCCUGAAGGGAAUAAAUGGGCGAAGAGUAUUAAGGGUACCAAGACAAUCCAGCUUUCAAUGUUUGAGAAGUCUGCUUCAAAAAUGAGAUUAAGUGAUCUCAUGAAGGCCACUAACAACUUCAGCAAAAGCAAUAUCAUCGGGUCAGCAAGUACCGGGACUUUCUACAAAGCAGUACUUGACGAUGGUACUUCACUUAUGGUUAAGAGAUUGCAGAAUACUCAACAUUCAGAGAAAGAGUUUGUAUCUGAGAUGGAUACUUUGGGAAAGGUAAAGCACCGUAACUUGGUUCCUCUUUUAGGUUUUUGCAUGGCAAAAAAAGAACGGCUGUUGGUCUACAAGGACAUGCCAAAUGGCACCUUGCACGAUAAGUUACAUUCGGUGAGUGAAGAGGAAAAAACUCUCGAGUGGCCUAUGAGACUUAAGAUUGGCCUUGGAGCAGCCAAAGGAUUUGCAUGGCUUCAUCACAACUGCAAUCCUCGUAUUAUUCACAGAAACAUUAGUUCUAAAUGCAUCUUGUUGGACAUGGAAUUCGAACCAAAAAUAUCAGAUUUUGGACUCGCUAGGCUCAUGAAUCCAAUUGACACUCAUUUGAGUACCUUCGUCAAUGGAGAAUUCGGGGACUUUGGUUAUGUUGCUCCUGAAUAUGCACGAACUCUUAUGGCUACACCAAAAGGUGAUGUGUACAGUUUUGGUGUUGUACUUCUUGAGUUAGUAACUGGUGAGAGACCGACCUUUGUUACCAAAGCUCCCGAGACCUUUAAGGGAAAUCUCGUGGAAUGGAUUUCAAAUCUCUCUGGUGAAUCUAAGCUUCACGAUGCGAUUGACCAUUCGUUGUCUGGUAAAGGUUAUGACAGUGAGGUUUUCCAGGUCCUUAAAGUUGCAUGUCUUUGUGUGUUGUCUGCUCCUAAGGAGAGGCCGACAAUGUUUGAAGUGUACCAGUUUCUGAGAGCCAUCGGAGAGCGAUAUCAUUUCACAACUGCAGAUGACAUUUUGAUGAUGCCUUCAGAAAGCGAUGAUGGCGGACAUCAACUGGACGAACUCAUCGUUGCUCAAUAAGUAAAACAGGCUCGUUGUUCAUUGAUAAUGGUUGAGUAAGUAAGAUACAGUAAUUAAUAUAGAAUCAUAGUAGUCCUCUGUAAUUGUAGGUGGUUGUCUGUUCUGCAUAAUCUUUUUCUAUCCUGUACAAAUACCACGUUCACUAUCUAUAUUGAUUAUUCUACUGUAAGUCCCUUCUUCAUAGCUUACCCAACUAUGUAACUUGUGUUUCCUUUUCUGUAUUUUUAUUGCUGAAGAGAUUUAUACAGAUUA